AUAUUAUGAUAAAUAAAAUUAUAUUAUACUAUUAUAUAUAACCGUUAUAAGACGCCGAGAAUUGGCGCGCUGCCAGCCGCUGUCACCGAGGGGGAGAGGAGAGUUGACGGAGAAGAUGGCGGUUGACCUAGUUUCAAAGUUAAUACCGUUUACUUACUCAGUGUGAAAAUGACCACACCCCGGCAACCCUAGUCUGAAUGUUGCAGUCAUGAGAAACAAAGUUUUAAUUGUGUACAUCGCCACCGUUGCUGCUGCCACUGUGAUGCUGAGGGAAUUCUACCACACCAAAGAAUAUGGAAGAAUCAAAGCUAUUAGGUUUGGCAUUCAAACAAUCAAUCAAUCAAUCAAAAACGUGAAGAAGUGUGACCUCUCCAAGGAUUGCCCUCUGAGCCACUAUGCACUCCGGAUCAAAAGUGGCGCAGCAAACGCUGUGGGCCCAAGCAUCUGCUUCGAAGGAGACAUUGUUAUGAGUCACGGUUUGAGAAACGUGGGGCCAGGACUCAACAUAGUGCAAGUCCAUGGUAACAACGGAACAAUUAAGAGGUUUGACUGCCUUGACGCAAAAGAUGGCAUGCCUGGGGACACUUUAACUGACAUGAUAGAAAUUGUUCCAGGGACAAUCGUUUUGGUGGCAUCUUUUGAUGACGUUUCUGCAAUGAUGCCAGAGGAGUCGAAGGAUAUAUUGGUUAGAUUAGGAAGCACACUAGUCAAACGGAUCAAAUACAGAGACACUUGGGUUUUCGCCGGUAGUUCUGGCAUGACCAGCCCAUUUGAAGAGCUAACGCCCAACGAUGAGAAGACCAACAAAUAUGGAGGCUGGCCUGCAAUGGCAGAGGUGUCCGGCUGUUUUCCAAGGACGCUCUGAUCAGUGGGAGAAGGUCACAGCGUCAAUUAUUAAGGCUUCAUUCAUAAACCAGGAAUCAACUUUGGUUAAUGCAGUAAUAAGCAAUAAUUUGAUGUACCAUUAGCUUAUAGGGGUGGUGUGAUAUGGUUAGGGGAAGGGAUGGUUGUCUUAUGAUUAGGGUUCUAAAUAACAUCAAAAAACCUUAGUUAUUAUGAACAACAUUACCUCAGUUAACAUGGACACUAUUAGCAAACAUCAUCACCAUUAGUAGACGAUUAAACCUGUUACUCAUUGGAUUACUGCAUGAACCAGUGUUAAUAGUUAAUGUAUAAUUAUUAUUUAGUGUUAACGAGACGUAAACAUGUUGGUUUAUUUAUUAAAAGGGAAAUGUUCAUACUGUGUGAAAUCUAUUUGUACAUAUGAGAACACAUAAAUUAUGUGUUUGAGGAUAGACCACACAACUAUAAAAUAUGUAAAGCAUAGCUACUGCUAAUAAUAAUUAUGAUAUAACAAAUUAUGGCCUACUGCUAAUUACAAUACAUACUGCUAAUACCAAUGAUUAUUGUUUUAUUCAUAACAUAAUAAGGAUAUGUUAAUGGGAGAUGUGAAGCCACUAAAGGGAUUCACUGUCAUCUUACCUAAUACACCUAUUUGCUAAGGAUGAUUCAUUCAGUGGUUUGUGGCAAUGCAAUUAGCUACACACAUAACGACUUUAUUGUGGUUUGGCUAACACUCCCCUCAUUAUCUACUUAUAGAAGUUGGGGAAAGUAACUCCUAACCUGCCAUACACAUCGAGCUUUAUAUUAGAGAAUACUUUUUCCAAGGGAAAGAUUAUUUAUUACAGACUAGAUAAAGAAAUUAAGACUUUGACCAUGUAACGGUGAAAGAUCAAUAAUCAUUUCCACAGACUUUAAUCUAUCAUAAAAGCUAAAUAAAAGUCACAUAUCAAAAUGUGAUAACUUACUUUCUGUCGAUACAAAAUAUCUAUCAAUAUUCAAUUCAUAUCAAUAGCAACACUACUGUAAAUAGCUAAAUCGUAAAUGAUCAUAUUGUCAUGUAUAUAAUAUAUAUUUUAUUUAGCUGUCGUGUACUAUUUAGUCGCAACAGUCUGUUUCCUCUGUGGGAGAAACAUAGUUCUAUAAGCUCCCAGCACAUAGUGGUUAAUGCAACAGAAGCAGUCAUGUGGACAGCUUGCCUUUGGCUGUACAUGCAUUUAGAAGGAACCAUAUGAAUUAAAAAUAAAAGCUUAAUUUUUCAACAUGUCAUCAUGAAUAUGUGGGGAGGACACUUUUUUUCCGGGGAACUGUUUCCUUACCAGGGGGAACUGUUUACUUACCAAAUACAACGGUUGAAUUGACUUUGCAUACCAUUUCAAUGGGGAUGUUUAACUUAAUCAUCUAAUCAUUGUAGAUUGUUUACUCUUCUUCUUCCUCAACGCCCAUUUUGAAUUUGAAAAGAGUCAAACACAACCAUGAACCGAUGUGCUACCACCGAGUUAACAAUGUUUUCACAUUCACUAUUUGGAGUUGUGUGCGUGGUUUCCCAGCAGGAACGUACUGAAAGAUGAUUAGAAUAAAAUGUCUUGUGCUUUUUCCUGU